GGUGCAUAGAAGAAGAAGAAGAAGGAAAAAAAGUGCUUUCAGUUUCACUAUGAUGAGAACAAUAAUCGUGUACAUUCUUGUUUUUAUUGAAUGUAAUGCAGUGUUGUAGUGUUUGAUAUUUACACGACGUGGUGUAUAGUAAGCAGGCAGAGCAGGUGGAGUAACUCAACACGCGGAAGUGGGUGACUGUCAGUGUGGGUUUGAGCACUUCAACCAUCAGCUGCACUUCCAGCAAGCUCUGUUUCCUGUAGACUACAUGAUGUGUGUGUGAGAGAUCUGCGUCUGUGUCUGAGCAGGAAUGUCACUGCACCUCGACCUGAAGCUCACUCUGCUUCUCAUAACGAAUGUUUCGGCUAUUCUGCCACGCCCACAGAAUGUAAAAAUGAUUGCAGUGGACAUGGACUACAUGCUGCAUUGGGAUUGGAAUUACACACUGGAAAACGCAGUCAACUUCACCACUGAGUAUGCCAUCCAAUAUAGUGAAGACAAACACAAACUAUAUAAGCAGGCAUGUGAAGGUUCCAGGGAGAGUUGGUGUAAUUUCACCAACUGUACGCUGCAUUUUUCAGGAACGUAUUGGAUUAGAGUCAGAGCCAAUGCUUGGCACCAGCACUCCAACUGGACGUACAUUAAUUUCACACCUGAUGAGGAUGUGCUGCUUUCUUCACCCAGCAUAUUAAAUGUGAUGGCAGACAUAGACGUGUUAACUCUUACAAUAUCCAAGUCAGUCAUGAGUGACCCGAUGAAGAUGAAAUACAGGGUGCAAUACUGGGAGAGGCUUAAACCUGAACAGAAACGCAUGGAAGUUUAUGACAGUCCGCAUGUUCCUCUGAGCUCACUGACAUCCAGGACUGAAUACUGUGUGCAAGUUAGCUUCUUCAGUCAGAUAUAUGAAAAGAGCAGCAAUUACACAUCUCCACAGUGUGUGUACACUAAAGGUCGCCCGUUGGUGUGGCAGACAAUUCUUGCGAUGCUGUGCUGCAUCCUUCUUUUAGGAGCUUUUUUAUACAUGUGCCACAAAUUCAGAAGAAACUCCUCAGUAUAUAUAAUACCUGAGAGCAUACUAGCUUUUUCAUCUGCUCCCUUGCUCCUAGAACUGCAGGAAGAGUGUUACACAAUAGCACAUGUGAUCUUACCUGCCAUACCGCUGACACACACACUGAAGGAACAGGAACACACACCAGAACUCCAGGCUUUACAGUCCAUAUGCCAGUGGAAUGAUGAUUCUGUACAAGACUCAGGCUUCAGCUCUGGACUAGGGAGCUGAGCAGUUACAGUAUAAGGAGCUCUAGUGAAUGUCUUAAAAUAUGCUAAAAUGUUAAAAUGAGUAGAUAAAAACAGAAGCCCUGUGACAGGGCAGUGCACGAGGCCCCCGUCCUUGACAGUUUGUGCUUUGUCUUCUCUGUGCCCUCCUAUCAUAGAAGCAAAGACAGACACUAUACGUUAAUGGAUAUAUGGGAAGAGUGCAGGCUGACAUAUGCUAACAUGAUAUAAUGCUGGUUAAUGCAUUUAAAGUACAUACAAAAUUCACUCAUCCAUAUGCAUGAGCCUUCUCGCUGUGAUUGACAGGGAAGAGAAUCACGCCAUCCUUUUCACCCAGAGAGCACAGAUAGUUCUCUCAUGGAUUCCUGACCAUAGAGGUCUGUGGUAUCAUCAGGGUUCAGAAAAUAUGGCACAGUGACAUUGCAAUAAUUGCUAUGAUAUACCACAGACUCUUCAAAUAAUAGCACAGUGAUUGGAUAACAAACAACAAAUGUACCAUGUAAUUAUCUAAUCAGCUAAUUGUGUGGCCGCAGCACAAUGCAUAACAUCAUGCAGAUGCAGACAAGCAGCUUCAGGUAAUGUUCACAUUGAAUGGUCCAAUAAAAAAUGUCCAGUGAGCCACAAUUCUGCAGAUAGUAAUGACUUGUUGUUGAGAGAGGUCAGUGGAGAAUGGCCAGGCUACAGUAACUCAGAUAACAAUUCUGUACACUUGUGGUGAGCAGAAAAGCAUCUCAGAAUGCACAACACGUGGAACCUUGAGGCGGAUGAGCUACAACAGCAGAAGACCAUGUCGGGUUCCACUCCUGUCAUCCAAGAACAGAAAGCUGAAGCUGCAGUGGGCACAGACUCACCCAAACUGGACAGUUGAAGACUGGUGAAAGACCAGGUGAUUUUUUUUUAAACUUCAAACUGUCCAGUUUCAGUGACUCUGUGCCCAUGUUAGCCUCAGAUUCUUGUUCUUCUGCUGUUGUAGCCCAUCCACCAGGGAGAUGGUAGCUCAGUGGGUAAGAUGUUGGAUUGCUGCCCAGCAUGCCAUGAGUUCAAAUCCCAUUGCUGCUAAGCUGCCACUGGUAGGCCCUUGAGCAAGGCCUUAACCCUUUCUAUGGAUAAGGACAGCUGACAAAUGCCAUAAAUUUACAUCCACCUCAAGGAUUGAUUUGUUGUUUAUGCUGAAAUGCUUUUCUGCUCACCACAGUUGUAAAGAGUGAUUAUAUGAGUUACUAUAGCCUUGCUGGUAGCUCAAACCAAUCUGGCCAUUCUCCUCUGACCUCUUUUAUCAACAAGGCAUUUCCACCCAUAGAACUGUCACUCAACACACAAUGUUUUUUGCACCUUUCCAUGUAAACUCUAGAGCAGUGGUCACCAACCCUGUUCCUAGAGAUCUACCUUCUUGAA